AUGGAAAAUCUAAACCAGUAUGCGCCUUUCCAGGAUUACUUUGGCCUAAGUGACAUUACAUGGAACAAGGAUUUGUUGACAAAUCUGAACAAUUUGAUGACACCAAUUACGUGUCAGGACGAUAAUACUGACUGCGACGGCAGCAACAGCAACUUAAACUGUUGGAGUUUCGGCUGGUCAUUUUUGGAUAGGGAUGUUGGUUCAACUUCCAUGGAACAUUUGGACAGUAUCCGAAUUGACUCAAUGGACGAAUUCCGUCACAAUGGCCGAGAAUUAGAUUUGGACGAUUUAGAUAGUUACCAGGUGCAGUUGCGUCACCAGUCUGCGAAGGAAAAGAUGGCGAUACAGAGAGAGAGUAAUCCAAUCGUUUUACAAGUCCUGGCAUUUAAAGAAAAGAAGAAGGCUGCUCGUCGGGCUAAGGCCAAGAAAGUGUGCGUUUUCUGCAAGAACAAUGGCGAGACAUCCUCUGUAUAUACAAGCCAUGUUUUGAAGGAUACCGAGGGCAAAGUCAGCUGCCCCAUCUUGCGGAAAUACACCUGUCCGCUGUGUGGGGUAAAUGGCGACGGAGCGCACACCAUAAAGUACUGCCCAAAAAACGAGGAAACUGACAAUUCUACACCUUGUUUGUCAUCACUGUUGAGCACUGUUAGGAGCAGCACCUGUAAGCGACGCAGAAUGCAGUCGGAAAUGAGCUCUUAA